GUCAUCUGUGGCACAGUAAAUAUAGCAAUCCUUUAUUUUCAUUGCCCUGUCUCCCGACGACGAGCCUUCCGCGCAACACAUCCUUCCAUUUCCCCGGUGAACAUUUGGAUUGCCUCCAGAUUCGGCGGCUAGCCAGCUCCUGGCUGCUGUGAACGUUCUUAUGCUUCUCCCCGGAGCGGACGCACAAGAUCUAGUGUGGGUGGGCACCCAGGAGCGGAGAUGCUGGCCCGGGGCGCGUGCACCUUGGGUGGAGCUGCUGGCCUGGGGCUCAUGCACCUUGAGCUUUGAUAGAGAACACAGGCCAGAGUCCAGGUGAAGGACCGUGUGCAACUUGCUUACGGGCCCUGGAUGUCACAGACCAGCAUCCUUUGGACCCCUGAGGCCUGCACUCAGGGCCCAGGGACAACCGCUACCUCCAGGCAACCUGGUGGGCACCUUCCCCACCUGGGGCAUGGACACCCGUGACGAUGUCACUCUAGCCAAAGUUCCGGCUCCAGUGGCUGUGUACUGUGGGAGUGUCCCUCGGACUAGUGUUGGGCUCCGAGCGCCCCCACCUGGAGGCAUCGACUCCAGUCUUCUUGCUCACGAUGAAGCCUCUUUGCAGCCAGUGUCAAGUGUACUGCCAAGCAGUGAGAAGCCAUCACAGCUCUCAAGGGAACAUGAGGACCAGAGUAGUCUCAUGCUGAAUGCUCCUCUGAAAGGCUGGCAGGCCAGGAAUGGCUACCCCAGGGGCCUUGGAGUUCUGCCCUUGGGGCACCACCUGGGGGCAGCUAUUCCCUCCCUGGAAUCAGAGGCCAGCAGUGUGGCCCGGGACACGAUCCAGAUUAAGGACAAACUCAAGAAGAGACGGCUCUCAGAAGGCAUGGCGGCAUCUUCUCAAGCCUCUCUGGAUCCGGUGGGAGGCCCCAGAGGGGUUCCUCUGCGGAGCACAAUCCCCCGCACCACCUCACAGAGGCUCCUGAGGGUACCCAGGCCGAUGCCUCCCAUCCAGAGCAUUCCCACCACCCCUGAGGCCAACAGUGCUAAGGAGAAGGACCUGGACCCUCCUGGAGGCAGACAGGAUCUCCAGGACCCGGGAGCCAGUGCCCAGGAGGUGCAGAUUUCCAGGCAAUACUUACACUGCGCUGAUGAGAAGAUGCACAAGUCUUUAGGAGGCCUCGUGAUCCCACCCAUUCCGAAGGCCCGGAUGCCCACAGGGACCUCUUCCUGCAGGCCUGGCUCCUUGCCCAGCCCCCUGUGUCCAAGCCAGGAUGUGCUUAUGGGACCAAAGGCCCCACAUACGCGAUUGACUUGUGAGAAUGGGCCUCUGGAAAAGACCCCUAAAUCUCCGGCGUCAAAGCCUUUGGUUCCAGUUGUCAAGGCCAAGUCUGCUGAAGCCCCCGAAACGUCCCUGGCUUCGUCACAGUCUACCUUUACUCUGACAGCAUUCUCCAGUCAUGCCAAAGAAACCCGCUCCCUGGAGAACGAAGAAGACCAGAAGGAGUCCAGCACCAAGGUCCAAGUCACCAUUUCCAAGUCUGCCCAGGAAAAGAUGAGGCUGAAGCAGAUGAAGGAGAUGGAGCUGCUUCGGAGGGCAAAGGAGCCAGAGUGGGAGCGAGAACUGGUUUCCCAGGGCUUAGGCACACGGAGAACCUCAGCAAAGGAAGGCCUCCUUCCUUUGCGGGGCAGUGGAGCACUGUCCGAGCCUGCUGGGAUGAGCAGCCCACGCAGAAACAACAUGGGAGCCCUCCAGAGAAAACGGGCUAACCGAGCCUCCCUGCCCAGCAUCCCGGUCAGCAAGCAGGAGCCUGGCUUUGCCCGCCAUGCAUCAGCUAACUCACUACCUGCCGUGCUUACCUUGGGCUCCCCUGAGUGGGAGGAAGAGGAGGAGGAGAUGGAUCUUCGGGCUCUCAGGGAGUUGAGGCCCUUCUCCAACCCGGAACUGGGGCUGACAGAUGCCCUCCAGUGCCUCAACAGCAAUGACUGGCAAAUGAAGGAGAAGGGCCUGGUGAACAUCCAGCGCCUGGCAGCUUGUCACUCGGAGGUCCUCGGUACACGGCUGCACGAUGUGUCCUUGGCAGUGACUGCGGAGGUCACCAACCUCCGUUCCAAGGUAUCCCGCCUGGCCAUCAGCACCCUGGGAGACCUCUUCCGAGUUUUGAAGAAGAACAUGGACCAGGAGGCUGAGGAGAUUGUCCGCUGCCUUCUGCAGAAGAUGGGGAACACCAGCGAGUUCAUUCAGCGGGCAGCCAACCGGGCUCUGGGUGCCAUGGUGGAAAACGUGACCCCUGCCCGUGCACUGGUGGCCCUCACAUCUGCGGGUGUCUACCACCGGAACCCCCUAGUCCGGAAAUGUACAGCCAAGCAUCUCUCGGCCGUCCUGGAGCAGAUCGGGGCAGAGAAGCUUCUCUCCGGCUCCAGAGACAACACAGACAUGCUGGUGCACAACUUGGUGAGGUUGGCCCAGGACUCUAACCAAGACACCAGGUUUUAUGGCCGGAAGAUGGUGAAUAUCUUGAUGGCCAAUGCAAAGUUUGAUGCAUUCCUGAAGCAAUCUCUCCCAUCUCAUGACCUACGGAAAGUCAUGGCAGCCAUCAAACAACGGGGAAUCCAAGACAAUCACGAACUCCAAUCUGCCAAAGGUCGAAAGGUGUCAAAGAGUCUGGUGGUGUGUGAGAACGGGCUGCCUAGUCAUGAGGGGGGUCAGCCCCUGCUUCCGCCUAGGCUCGGCUCCAAUGGCCCGAGACUGAUGGGGCUACGCUCCUCCUCCGUGCGGGGCAGUGUGGAGACGUCAGAGCAGCUGCGGGAGCUGACCAGGCUGUUGGAGGCCAAGGAGUUCCAGGCUCGGAUGGAAGGCGUUGGGAAGCUCCUUGAGUACUGCAAGGCCAAGCCAGAGCUCGUGGCUGCCAACCUAGUCCAGGUCUUUGAUGUUUUCACCCCAAGGCUUCACGAUUCCAACAAGAAAGUGAACCAGUGGGCGCUGGAGUCCCUCGCACAGAUGCUUCCCAUCCUGAAAGAGAGCAUCCACCCCAUGCUGCUGUCCCUCAUCAUCGCUGCUGCAGACAACCUUAACUCUAAGAACUCUGGGAUUUCCACCGCUGCCUCCACCGUACUGGAUGCCAUGAUGGGCAGCCUGGACCACCUUUGCCUCCUGCAAGCGUUUGCUGGGCGCGUGCGUUUCCUGACAGGUCCUGCAGUGCUGGAUAUCACAGAUCGCCUCUCAGUGCUGGUUGCCUCAGUGUAUCCCCGGAAGCCUCAGGCUGUGGAACGGCAUAUCCUUCCAGUCCUCUGGUACUUCCUGAACAAAAUGAGCGGCAAUGGCGUGCUGCCCGGGCGUGGCGGGAACGUCCGCACAGCGGUGUGCAGGCUGGCCAGGAGCCUGCAGGAGCAAAUGGGGUCCCGCCUGCAGGACUUCGCUGCCAGUCAGCCCCAGCAAGUCCUCAAGGCGCUGCAGGGACUUUUAGCCUCUGAAUCUCUGGGGGCCAACGACAAGGUCAUAGGUGGAAGAAUGGCCCCUGACAUCCAGAUGACUGGAACCACCUGUCCCCAGCAGCUGGAUUAAAGUUGGGUCUGAAAUGGGCAAUUCUUAUUUUUUACCUUAUUUUAUUUUUGUAGUGGAGUCACCACAUGACCUACUUUUCCCGUUAGGGUCCCCAAUGUAUAUAGUAUAUUUUAAAGUAGAAAUAAAAGAAUUGCUUAUUUUUCUAA